AUGUUUUUGCUACAAAGCCCUGGUUAACACCUUUAUUUGCACAUGGAGUUUAUUCUUAGUCCUAGACCAAACCAGAAAUGCCAUAUUAUUCCAUUGUGUUCUUCAGAUUGUGUGACAACCCUCUUCUGGAGUCUGGAGUCCAAAUCCUGAUGGAAGCCCUGCCAGAGAAUCAGUCCCUGACAAACUUGUCCCUGAUGCACACUGGACUGGGGGAUGAGGGUGUCCUGGAUCUGGCUAAGAGGCUCCAACAACACAGAAGACUCCAGGAGCUCAACGUGGCCUAUAACAAUAUUGGAGACGACGCAGCUCUACUUCUGGUAGAUGCCUGUAGAGAACAUCCCAGCAUUCAGACUGUACAUUUAUAUUUGAACCCUCUCAGUAAAGUGGCGAAGCAGUCCCUGUAUGCCCGAGGUGUUCCCCGUAGCCACAGUGGCCAACGGGUCAAGGUCCUGGCUUCUGUCACUGAAGGGACAGACCUCUCUGAGAACUGGCGGAACAUUCUCAGUGUUAUACGAGAGAACUCCUCAUCCUGGGAUCAGCAGCAUGUCAUACAGCAACUAAAGGUAUAUACAUACAGUACAAUGUAAAUGUAAAAAUGUACAUAAAACAUGUCAUUUAAAAAAGGAUUCAUACUGUGUGGGUUUUUAAAAGCCUGUUUUUUUUAAAUAAUAGGUUAAGCUCAGUAUUUUUAAGAUACUUGUGUUUAAGUGUUUAUAAACAAGACAUGAGAGACCAGCCAGCUGGUGUUUUUCACCUGCAAACAUCGUCCCACCACUUUAUUAAAUCUAGGCCAAUCCAUUCCACAUUUA